AUAACGGUCGCCAAAUCCGUUAAAAUUAGAGGGAGGGAGCAGUCCAAAGCCACAGGAAGGAAGCAAGAGGCAAAAGCCAUGGCUAUGGCAUGGAUGAUGACUCUCUCUCCUUCUUAUUCUUCUACUUACACUGCUCUGGUUUCGCCUUCUCUCAGACCUCUCUCCAAUUCAACACUACCUUUUCGAACCUUCACAAAGAAGAAGACUCUGAACUCGUGGAGACCUCUCUCGGUUUCAGCUUCGGCUUCUUCUGGCCUCCGCGCUCUCAUAUUUGACUGCGAUGGCGUCAUACUCGAGUCCGAGCACUUGCACCGCCAAGCUUACAACGAUGCUUUCGCUCAUUUCAAUGUUCGAUGUACGACCUCGCCGGAGCCCCUAACCUGGGGUUCUGAAUUUUAUGACGCGCUUCAGAACCAAAUCGGCGGUGGAAAACCCAAAAUGCGAUGGUAUUUCAAGGAGUAUGGAUGGCCUUCGUCGACAAUUUUCGAGACACCUCCAGAAGAUGAUGAGAGUCGAUCUAAAUUGAUCGAUACAUUGCAGGAUUGGAAAACUGAAAGAUACAAGGAGAUAAUUAAGUCUGGAACUGUGGAACCUAGACCUGGAGUUUUGAGACUAAUGGAUGAGGCCAAGGCUGCUGGAACAUUGCUUGCUGUUUGCUCAGCAGCAACUAAAAGUUCAGUCGUAUUAUGUCUUGAAAAUCUUAUUGGCCUAGAGCGGUUCCAAGGUCUUGAUUGCUUCCUCGCUGGUGAUGAUGUUAAGUUGAAAAAGCCAGAUCCUUCUAUUUAUUUGACAGCUGCUGAGAAGUUAGGUGUAUCAGGAAUAGAAUGUCUAGUUGUGGAAGACAGCGUAAUUGGCUUACAGGCAGCAACAGGUGCUGGGAUGCCGUGUGUAAUUACCUAUACAUCUUCAACAGCUGACCAGGAUUUUAAUGAUGCAAUAGCAAAAUAUCCUGACUUGAGCAAUGUGAGAUUGAUAGACCUGGAACAAUUACUUCAAAAAGUGGCCACUACCAAAUAGAAAAUUUGUUAUUUUAUUAUUAUUAUUUUUUUUUUUUUGGAAUUGCAGAGUUUUAUCUUAUUUGAACUUUUCUUGGAGAAUAUUGAAGGUGCCAUGGUGAUGCCUUGGCAGUUUCCUUUGUUAGAUUGGUUUAAAAAAUUGUGUUGUAAAUUUGGCAAAAUUAAAUACAAUACCAAAAAAGGGCCUUUGUUCCAAAUGGGCAAAAGGCAAAUGA